AUGGCGACUACUCCACUGGCUGCGUUGUUGGUCAUUGCACAUCCUGACGAUGAAACUUUCUUUACCGGCUUCGUUUAUGCUCUUACGCACAGACUCAAUGCUUCGGUUGAUCUGGUGUGCGUGACGAACGGUGAAGGGGGUUUUGGACAUGCGGGACCGUCUGAGCCACUCUACGGAAAUCUGAAAUUAUCGGACGAAACUGUUGCUAGAAAACAUUUGCCACGCAUCCGUCAACAGGAACUAUUCGAUAGUGGCCGAAUAUUGGGUAUUAGAAAAUAUUUCUUCUUUAAUCAAGUCGAUUUGGAAUACACUCGGGAUGUGAAUAUUAUCUUUAAAAAACAUUGGGAUAAAGAAUGGGUUAUUGAACAAUUUCAACAAACAAUUAAGAAUGGAAAUGGCGCCAAUGGCUAUGAUUUGAUGAUUAUCAUGCUUCCAAAUGUCGAUUCACAUGGCCAUCAUACAGCAUCAGGUCUACUUGCGCUAGAAGCUAUCGAUCGCUUACAACGAUUGAAAUCAGUUAAUGUGCCUAUACCGACAGUUAUUGGUGGAUCGGAAUUUGUUUUAACUAAACCGCCAACAUAUCCUGGAGAUCAACUCACUUCAGUUUUAACAAACGUAACAACAUCUGAAUUUCGCUUUAAUUUGAACUGGAAAAUGAGUAAUUCGCCGCAUGUUGAUUAUAAAACGAUUCGUCUUUGGAUGGCUGCUGAACAUAAGUCUCAAGGCAUUCAUGUCUAUCAAAUGUUGACGAAAUAUGAUCGUGACGAAGAGCAAUAUUUUUAUUUUUCUAUAAAUGAACAAUAUUGUGAUAGUGGACGUCUUGCAAUGAUUCAAAAUCUGUUCACUCAACUUGCUAACAUGCAUCAUAGUUAA